CAGUGAGUUCGGUAGUGCGUAGUCUUUCUCUUGAAGCUGCAAAAACGUGACUUUUUGUGUAAUCUUCAGCCAAGUGCCGAGAAGACCUUUGGAUUUUGAAGUAUCAUAUUUUAUCCAUACCGGAAGGGAUUGAAUUUCAGUGUCAUUAAAAUGUCAAACAACCAACGUAAACUAACCGAGAUUCUGCGGGAAACCGAAAGGGUGGCGGACCAGGUCUUGAUGCGAAAGCAGGAGCUCAUUGCGCUGGACAGGCGUAGACAAGAAACACGCGAAGCCAUUCGAACCAUACGGAACAGCUAUCCGCGGGAAGACUCAAAAGUGUGGAUCACGGUCGGCUCUAUGCUGAUGAAGCAGAAACAACCGAAAGCGUUGGAGCUACUGCAAAAGGAUGCCGACCAGAUCGAAAAGGAAAUCAACCGUAUCAGAACCGAGCAGAAAGUGCUGGUUAGCCGGCAGCGAGAUCUUGAGCAUGAAAGUCCACUCAGAGGAUUUGAUUUGAAGCCGAUGAGUGCGGCGGAAAUUUCAGCAAUUAGAGCGAAUAUGCCACAGUUUUAGUGUUCUUAAAGGGGGAGGGUAAUUCCACUAAAUAGUAUUCCACUGCACCACUUUAGAUUGUAAGCAAUGUCAUGACUUCAAAUGCCUAUCAAUAAACGUAAAAAACAA